CAGGGAGAUGAUUCACAGGAAUGGGCAGUGCUGAGCAGCAGGAUUGGCUGCGGUCAGUUGUUCAGCUUCAGUGACUUCUUGAGGGGGAAAUGGAAAGACUGGACAGCGCAGGCUAAUUAACAGACGCAUCAUGAAGUCAAUAUGAAUCAGAGCAUUCCCAAGGAGCUGGAGAUCAGAUUGGGAAAGCAGCAGAUGAUGCCUUUCCUUGGCACAGGGCUCCUUCACCCAGAUGCUGCUCCAGCCCCCUGAGCCGAGGACUUGCUGAUAACACCGGCUGCAGAGCUGGGAAACUCAGCGGCAAUUUUAACUCAGGUGAUGUAGACAGGGAAAGGAGACGAAGCAUAGGAAUAACCCUGUCAGUGGCUCAUUGCAGCGUCAGUUCCUUCAGGUAACAAGGGAAGUGCUCAAUUCAGGGGUGCACGUGAACACAGCUGCAGGUUCUCUAGAUUUUUAUUAACUGGGGCAGCCAGUGUUCCGGUCACAACGCUUCUGGUGAGAAAGAGCCCAGGCUUAGGGAGCAGGAGCCGGGCAGGAACCGGCACACGGACACCAGCGAGCCCUGCCACAUCCAAGGGCACCUCCGAGUGGGAGCAGCACGUUUCUCAGGGAAACGCCUGCCCUCCCAGCCCCCGCGGCGGCCAUUUCACUCCAUCCCCCCCGACCCCCCCCAGGCCUCCACCCGGCGCUGCACAGCAGACGGGAGCCCCCUAGUGAGGGCCGGCCCGGCUCAGCCCAGCUCGUGGACGCGGCUCCGGCCCGGCUCUACGAAGGGGAGGGCCCGGCCCGGCCCGGCCGCGCCUGCUCUGUGCGGAGCGGAACGGAGCGGCCAUGGCGGGGUUGGAGCUGCUGUACCGCUCGGCUCAAGCCGCUAUUUCCUGCCCGCAGGAUGCAUUGGUUUGCGGGAUCCACUGGGAGCUGAUCCAGCACGGCUACCGCUGCCUCGGUGCCGGAGAGCAGCCAGGUCCUGAUGAAAGGAAGUCAGAGCUGCUGCCCGCUGGCUGGGAAGCCAACAGGGAGGUGUAUACACUGCGCUACAAGUCCACAGAUGAUGCCCAGGAACUGCUGCUGAAAGCCAUUGUGGUGGAAGACAGCAUGAUCCUCAAUGUCAUGGAUCGUGCUUCUCAGAAGGUGGCAGACGUGACCUUGGCAGUGGCUGACUACAUCAACCCAGAGCACCUAAAUGAUUUCCACAAGGUCUACAAAAACAUGGAGGAGUUGAAGACGAGGAUUGCUUCAGGUAUCAUCAGUCCCCUCGGGGUCCCCACAGAAAAGGCCAGGAAGGAGUCCCAGGCAGAGAAGAAAGAUCCUGUCUCGCCCCAGGAUUAUAACCCCCUUGGAAUCCCACCCCGGCAUCCUGCAGGCAUGAGAGCACCAUCGUGGCCUUCUCCUUUGAACCCUUUCGCUGUUGGUGGGCAGGACCUGGAUCCUUUGGGAGGUCGGAGUGGCGGAAUGAUCGUUGAUCCUCUCCGGUCUGGAUUCCCGCAGCCCGGCAUUGACCCAUCAGCAGGUCUCCCCGGCCGCCUUCCCCCAGGAGCAGUUCCACCAGGAGCCAGAUUUGACCCCUUUGGCCCCUUAGGGGCUGGUAGGGCUGGGCCAGAUCCUGACCACCUCCCACCUCCAGGCUACGAUGACAUGUUCAUGUGAGGAGUCACUGAGUGGUUUCUCAGCUAGCUGCAGCCAGAGCAGUUUCCUGGAGCGAGGAGCACUUUCUCCUCUUGAUUCCCUUCUUUGGUGGACUUUGAUCUUUUCAACAGCGAUUUUCCUCUCCCUGCUCAGGGCUACGCUCCUGUGUUUCAGACUGGCUAUAAAGGUUUCCAUAUGCACAGAACAAAAGAGGAAGCAGUAGGUCCAUUUCUUUCUCUGCUCCUCCAAGGGUAGCUGGCUGUGGGUACGCAGCAGACAUGGGCCUGCCCUGUGCCAGGGCAGCGUCGGGAGCAGUGUGGUGUGCUGAGAGCAGCCCUGGGCUUUGAGGUUUCCUCCUCUCCUUGUCCAGGGUGACAUAGCUUUUGCUGCUGGGAUUACGCAUGCAGUCAGUGGUAAGGAGGGAGCUGGCUUCUUGCCACUCCCAUGGUGGGGAGCUGCAAUAGCCUCGCUGAAAGCUUCAGCUGGAGAAGGCUUCCCAUGUAGUGGUGGUUUCUCUCUUGCUCUUUAUCUAAAGAGUGCUGAUCAGCAUGGAGGGCUAAAGCCCAUCUCACAGGGUCUUUGUGGGCAGACCCCCAGUAGUGGCUCAGGUGGGCUUCUGCAUGGGCAUGCAGACUGGAUGUGAGGGGCUCCAACAGCAAAGCCUUUGACAUGCAUGAAAAGAGACAUACAGUGAAUUCCUGGCAUUAUCUGGCCCCCUGUAGCCAUGCUGUCCUUCAUUCUUGGGGAUGUGUGCCAAACCCACAGGUAGCGUGGAGAGCUGCCUGUUGGGCACCGUGUUGGGUUGGGGUGGAGCAGAGGGUUUGCGUGCCUACCUGAACUCUGGGUCCAGCACAGUCUCUCUGCGCCUGAUGGAGCUGAAGGAUUUGGGGCUUUACUUUGCAGCAGGUUUAUAGGAACAUGUUUCACUAUUGUCCGUCCCAUGGCAUGAGACCUGUGUGGCUCUGCCCAGCUGGACUCUGUGCUGCCAUCACCAAACGGCUUGUGGAGGAAGGACAAGACCUGCAUGGCUCAUAGGAUUCUCAGCUCUUUCUGGAACCCCCUCCCUUUCCUGCAGCUCCCCCUGUGUCAUAUAAUUUUGGGGCUGGAGCCCACUAGGAGUUCAGUACUGUAUUUUCUUCUCAUGGUUUGAUUUCUUGGAAGGUUAAUGAGUUUGAAAUAAAAAUCUGACAACA